UCGUCUCGUUUUACUCUCUCUCUCUCUCUCUCUCUCUCUCUCUGAUAAAAGAGAUACAUUCUGACUUGCUGAUUAUACUGUUGUUGUUGCUGUUGUCAUUGUUUACUUUCUUCAAUCGUACCUCGGGACUUUGAGGUGUUGAUCGAUGGAUGAUGCAUAUAGUCAAAGCUUUUUCCACGUUGUUGGCUAUAGACUACGUGCUGCCGGUGUGACAAUGUGCGACUGACGUGGGGGUAUGGUUUUCUGAACUUGUUUUGCCGUGACGGUGUGCCGCCGCUCAUUUUCCUGCCCUUUGAUUUUUGCCGUUCGAGGGAGAAAGAGGACACUGCAGUGGCACAAAACAGUACAGGAGGUGGAGGAGGAAAAAGGCAAAGAUAAGGGGACAUCCGCGUCGUGUUUCGCAGUAAAAUGCCACGCAAGCUGACGCUGCUGUUGCUGCGACCGCCAAGAUGACGAAAGGACCGAAACGAACGUAUGAGGACAAGGGCGACGACGACGAUGAUGACGAUGGGGAUGAUGAUCGCCGUCAGGUGUACAUAGUCUAAUGUGCGUGUAUAAUAUCGGCGGAUGAGGCGCCAUGUGGAAGCCCAAGUGGUCGCGCCUCGCCGAGUGGCUGGGCCGGCCGCAGGGACUGGUGCUCCUGCUGUUGCCCUGUCUGCUGCUCCUCACCCUAUACUUCUUGUCGGGCAACGAGCCUGACUUCGACAGGAUACAAUACAUGGUCUAUCGAUCCUACAACGCCUCCAUUGAGGUGAUCGACGGCUACCUGGUGUGGAACCCCAAAUGCCACAUGCUAGCCAAGGACCCGCUCGACCCGUCCAUCGUCAAGUUUGUGAAAAAGGAAAAGUUCGAGGCCUGCUCGACGAGUCCCCUGUUGACGAGCAUCCACCGCGAAGGCAACGCCAGCGCCUACCUGGUUGUCAACCCCGAGGCAGCCAAACAGUACACCGGCCUCACCUGCUGCUGGGCCCAAAUCACGCGACCCCACCACCUGCCCAACCAAACGCUCGAUGAGAAAAUCGACUCGAAAAUCAACGUCGGUCCAUGCGAGCCCUUCAAGGACCAAGUGCUGGUGCCAACGAGCACCGAGACGGUGCUGGUGACGUGCAAGACGCCGAAGCCCAACCGUCCGUCCAAGGGCAAAGUGAAGGGCAAGUCCUCCUCGAAAGCGGGCACCGUGUACGAGAACGUCCACGCGGUGCUGCACCCCGAGCGAGUCCGCGCACGCAUCGAGGCCCACGCCACCAACAACGUCACCCCAUCGGACAAGCUCGUUGGGCACAAAAAAUUGAGCAUCCUCAUGCUGGGCAUCGACAGCGUGUCCCGCCUAAACUUCCACCGGUCCAUGCCCCUCACCCGGGACUUUUUCGAGGAGCGCGGCUGGCUCGAGCUCCGCGGCUACAACAAGAUGGGCGACAACACCUACCCGAACCUCAUGGCCUUCCUCACCGGGCAAAACCAAAGCCUCGCCUACUCGGUCUGCAAGCCCAAGGUGCCCCACGGCCUCGACAACUGCCCCCUCAUCUGGCACAACUUCCGCAAUGCCGGCUACGUCACCGGCUACGGCGAGGACCACGACGAAAUCAGCACCUUCAACUACCUCAAGGUGGGCUUCGUGGACCCGCCCACCGACUACUAUUUGAGGCCGUCGGUCCUGGCGGCGGAGCGGCUCCUCAAGGACCGCAAGCGCUUCAGCGCCAAGUACUGCACCGGGCCGGUGCUCAACGUCGACCGCAUCUACGACUACGCGGUUGAGUUCGCCAAGACGUUCUCGGGCCUGGGAGCACCGUACUUUGGCUUCUUCUGGACUAACGGCGUCAGCCACGAGAACAUGAACGGGCCCUCGUCGAUCGACGCCCACUUCGCGGCCAAGCUCCGGGACCUCGAGGCCUCGGGCGUCACGGCCGACAGUAUGAUCGUAGUGCUGAGCGACCACGGGAUGCGCUACGGGGACAUACGGGGCACGUUUGUCGGCUGGUACGAGGAGCGGCUGCCGUUCGUCUACAUUUGGCUGCCCGAGUGGUUCCGCGAGCAGAACCCAAGCGCAGCCGAGGCGCUGCGGAUCAAUAGAAACCGGCUGACUUCGCCCUACGAUCUCUACGAGACCCUCCGGGACGUGCUGAGUAGAACCGGGGCUGGGGUGGCACCGGCGAGUAGCGGGUGUCCGAGUUGCCAGUCGCUCCUGAGGCCGGUGCCGCGCGAGCGGGGCUGCAGCGACGUCGGGGUGGCCGCGCACUGGUGCACCUGCGACGCGUUUCAGUUCGCGAGCAAGACCGACAGGGUGGUCAAGGAGGGCGCCGAGAGGUUCGUCGAGCACAUGGAGGGCAUCGUCGGGAGGUACAGGAACAAGAAGGGCGCGAGGCUGUGCGCCAAGCUGAGGCUCAAGAAGAUACACAGGGUCGACAAGGUGCUGGAUUUGGAGAGGAGCCCCAACGCCGGGGUCCUCGAAUUGUUCUACCUGCUGGAGGUGACCCCCGGGGACGGGAUGUUCGAGACGACCAUCAGGUACCACGGACCGGGCGAGUACAGCAUCAACGACGACGAGGUCAGCCGGAUCAAUUCCUACGCCCACAGUGCCAAAUGCUUGAAUGAGGGGUACAAACAGUAUUGCCACUGCACAAAGUAGAGCGACUGCUCUUAUGAUAUAUACUUACAUAUACGCCUAUACGUACGCGUUACGUUUAUAUAUACAUCUCUGGACGUUAUACUUGUAUAUACCUGUACAUACCUUUGAGCUAUAUAGGUAUGUACAUCAUACAUAAUCGUGUAUUACGGAAAUACGCGUUUUAUUGCAAUUGUUACCUAAUUAUUGUACUCGUACUGUAUUUUAGAAUUUAUAUUUUUGUACAUAUACUUCGGGAUAAAUGACGUACGCCACGAUUUUAAUGCGCACCACGUAAAAUCUAGUUUAUGGAGAAUGCGAUAAUGUGUACUUUUUUAAUUGUAUUUGUUGCUUAUGACUUCUCAGUCAGCUUGAAUUUUUUCUAAUUUUAGAUCAUGACUUGAGUACAAUUAUUACUGGGUUCAUAUCUUUCAAUACGUAAACUUGAAUUAAACGAGAAGCUUCACUUGAAAAUGUUGAAAUCUAAUCACUCAAUAUGUUAUCAAAAGAUUUGUUAGCUUAAUCAAUUUGAUAUUUGAACGUAUACCAGUUUUUUUUUCCUCCGUACAAUCGAUAAAAAUUAUUAAUUCAAAUGAAUUUUAAGAGUUUUAUCACCUGUUACCUAAAAAUAACGAAUAAACUUCCGCUGUAAAGGGUUGAGAAUGUGCUCGUAUUGUAUGAUGGGACUGAUUUUUCACGCCACACUAAUGAUAGUUGUAAAUAUUAAAUAAAUUUUAUGUAUGUGUUACGACAUUGCGAAUCGAUGUAUAGUGUGACAAGGGGUAUUGAAGAAAAAGAUAUACGCUAUUGAAAACUUUACUCGACAGCCUAUAAAUAUUUUCGUUAGAACGUAACAUGAGCCUAUAUUUUAUGAAACAAUUUACUUACGAAUAUUAAAUGUGUGUUAAUUUAUGAGGAGACAAAUUUUUAUUUUUACUAUUAUGAUAAAAAUGUAAUGACAAAUGUAUGAUGUGUUCCAAUUUACAGUUUGUGUACAGCAUAAUUUUAUUACAUGUUGUGUUAACUGAUUGAUCAAAAAUUUGAUCUAGAUUGUAGUAAAGUAUUUAACGCGAGGAAUUGUACUCUUCUGUUUAAAUCGCUUUAGAUCAGUAACUCUAAUAUCGUAUUUAUUUUAUGCGUUACAGAUAAGUCAUAAAAAGUUUCAAAAUUAACUUUUUUUUUUUUUCACUUGGCUUAUGAAAUUUGUAGAAGGUAUUGCCGAUGAUUUAUAGUCUCAAUAUAAUGGAAAA